UGUGUCCCAGUUGUGUCCUGCAAUUUUUUUUUUUUUUUUUAGAAAGGAUACAAUUGGGAACAUGCGUGCAAAAGUCAUAGAUGUUUCUCAUAUACGUCAUCACAAAUGAAUUGUCCGUGCUUUCUAUGGUACUAAGUUCCAUCCAAUUGAAUAGAAUCCAAAAUAUUCCUACCGAAGGAGAAAAAAAAAAAAAAAAAAAUCCCAAGUAUGACUGGCAGUGAUUUGUAAUUCUGCCAAGUGUCACUUGGCACUGUAACUCAUACCUUACUAUAUAACCAGGCAUGGGGAGUGACAAGAAUUCGUAUCAGUUAUAAGAGAGUAUACUUAGCAGUUAGAAAGCUAGGCAUGACAACCAUUCAAAAGUCUCUUCUUCUAUUUCAUAUUCUUUUGCUCUCCUUACUUCCAGUGAGGAUCACAUCAUCUCCAACAACACAAGCAGAAGCUCUCAUCAAAUGGAAAAACAGUCUCUCUCCCUCUUCAUCUCUUAAUUCAUGGUACCUCACCAACCUCAACGAUCUUUGCAACUGGAUGCAAACCUCUCUGGCACACUUACCCAAUUUGACUUCACUUCAUUUUAUAAUCUCACCCACUUGGACCUCAACAACAACACACUUGGAGGAUCGAUACCACCAGCCAUCGGCAACCUCUGGAUGCUCACUUACUUGGACUUGGGAAACAACCAGUUUGAAGGAAACAUACCUACUGAGAUAGCACAGUUGACAGAGCUUCAGUAUCUUAGUCUUUACAACAACAGUCUCAAUGGUACCAUCCCCUAUCAACUCAGCAAUCUUCAAAAGGUAUGGUACUUAGACCUUGGAGCAAACUACUUAGUAUGUCUUGAUUGGUCCAACUUUUCAGGCAUGCCUUUCUUGACCCACCUCAACUUAAUGCUCAAUGAACUCACUUCUGAAUUCCCAGAGUUCAUAACAAAUUGCCAGAAUUUGACAUACCUUGACUUGUCUCAGAAUUAUUUGACAGGCCCAAUACCAGAAUUGGUAUAUACCAAUCUGAGCAAGCUCACACACUUCCACCUGACUAACAACCUGUUCCAAGGACCAUUGUCAUCAAAUAUUUCCAAGCUUUCCAAGCUCAUAGAACUUUGCCUAGGAAAUAAUAAUUUCUUUGGUCCAAUUCCUGGAGAAAUGGAUUUGAUGUCCGAUCUUCAAACACUUGAAUUGUAUAACAAUUCAUUCCAAGGGAUGAUUCCUUCCUCAAUAGGCCAGCUCAGGGAGCUUCAGUCCCUUGAUCUUGGAAAAAAUGCCUCGAAUUCCACAAUCCCUUCUGAGCUAGGCCUUUGUACCAACCUCACCUACUUGGCCUUAGCAGUGAACAAUCUCACUGGCCUGCUUCCUUUAUCAUUGUCCAAUCUGACCAAAAUUACCAAUUUGGGUUUAUCAGAUAACUCUCUUUCUGGUGAUAUUUCACCUAAUUUAAUUGCCAAUUGGACUCAAUUAGUCUCAUUGCAACUCCAAAAUAAUCAGUUCUCCGGGAAAAUUCCAUCAGAAAUAGGCCUGUUGACAAAGCUAAACUAUCUUCUUAUGUACAAUAAUACGCUCUCUGGAUCAAUUCCCUUAGAGAUAGGAAAUUUGAAAGAUCUAUUUGCUUUAGACCUUUCAGGGAACCAGCUUUCCGGUCCAAUUCCUCUGACAUUGUGGAAUCUCACAAACCUUCAAGUGUUACAGCUUUUCUAUAACAAUCUUAGUGGCAUACUUCCACCAGAGAUUGGAAAAAUGAAGUCUUUGGUUACUCUUGAUCUCAACACUAACCGAUUGUAUGGACAGUUGCCAGAAACCAUUUCUCAACUAAAUAGUUUGCAGUCAUUCUCUGUGUUCACCAAUAAUUUCUCUGGCAGCAUACCCACUGACUUUGGGAAGUAUAGUCCUGAUUUAAGCUACAUUAGCUUUUCAAACAACAGCUUCUUUGGGGCACUGCCAUCUGAAUUGUGCAGUGGUUUUGCUCUUGAAGAUUUAACAGUGAAUAGCAACGGCUUUACAGGAUCCUUGCCAGAGUGCUUGAGGAAUUGUUCGAAGCUACAUAGAGUCUGGCUUGAUGGGAAUAAAUUCACUGGAAACAUUACAGAAGCCUUUGGAGUUCAUCAAAAUCUUAAUUUCCUCGCUCUUAGGGACAACCAAUUUGUUGGUCAUCUCUCAUCAAUGUGGGGAGAGUGUAGAAAUCUCACCAAUUUACAGAUGGACAGAAAUAGAAUUUCUGGAAAAAUCCCUGUUGAGCUUGGGAAGUUAACCAAAUUGCAAGUUCUAACGCUGGACUCGAACAAACUGUCUGGGGAAAUUCCAGAUGAACUGGGAAAUCUAGGCCUGCUUUACAGGCUUAAUCUGAGCCAGAAUGAUAUGACAGGGGAGCUCCCUAAGAGUCUAGGCAAUUUAAGCAAGCUCCAGCUUCUUGAUUUUUCAGAGAACAGCCUGACUGGUAACAUACCAGUAGAGCUUGGCAAUUGUAAUGGCUUAUUGACCUUUAACUUAAGCCACAACAAGAUAUCUGGUGGCAUACCAUCCAAGCUUGGCAACCUAGUAUCACUGCAAUAUAUGUUGGAUCUCAGCAGUAAUUCCCUCUCCGGAACAAUACCUCAAAACCUUGGAAAGCUUACAGCGGUAGAGUAUCUCAAUCUUUCACAUAACCACCUCUCUGGGAGAAUCCCCGAAGCAUUAUCAAGCAUGGUUAGUCUACAUUCCAUUGAUUUUUCUUACAAUAACUUGACAGGUGAAAUCCCAACUGGUAAAAUUUUCCAGCAAGUGCCAGCAAAAUCUUAUGUUGGAAACUCAGGUCUUUGUGGAAAAGUAGAAGGAUUAACUCCCUGCAGUCCAGUAUCCCUUCCCCACAAAUCCUCAAAUACUACGAAAAAGGUCCUUAUUGGUGCCAUUGUUUGGGUUUCUGGAUUAUUAUGUCUUGCAACUGUUACUGUUGGAAUUCUAGUAUAUAGUCGAACCACCAAGUUCUAUGAUGAAGAGGGUAGUAGUAUAAAGUAUGAGAGAUUUGAAUCAAUGAUAUGGGAAAGAGAAGCAAAAUUUAUGUUUGGGGAUAUACUGAAUUCCACUGAGGACUUCAAUGAGAAGUACUGCAUUGGGAAAGGAGGAUUUGGAAGCGUUUACAAAGCGGUGUUGCCAACAGGUCAAGUUGUAGCAGUUAAAAGGCUUAACAUAUCAGACUCUAGUGACAUUCCCACAAUAAAUCGCCGAAGUUUUGAGAAUGAGAUACGAACUCUAACAGAGGUUAGGCAUCGACAUAUCAUUAAGCUAUAUGGCUUUUGUUCCUGGAAAGGAUGCUUGUUCUUGGUUUAUGAAUAUGUAGAGAGAGGUAGUCUAAGAAAAGUAUUGUAUGGGGUGGAAGGGGAAGCGGAACUAGGCUGGUCUACAAGGGUGAAAAUUGUGCAAGGAGUGGCUCAUGCUAUGGCCUACUUGCACCAUGAUUGCUUUCCGCCAAUUGUGCACCGAGAUGUGUCUUUGAACAACAUAUUGCUGGAAAUGGAAUUCGAACCACGGCUCUCAGAUUUUGGCACUGCGAGACUAUUAAGCUCAGAGUCAUCCAACUGGACAACAAUUGCUGGGUCUUAUGGUUACAUGGCUCCAGAACUUGCACUCACAAUGAGGGUCACAGAUAAGUGUGAUGUUUAUAGUUUUGGAGUGGUGGCAUUGGAAGUCAUGAUGGGAAGGCAUCCAGGGGAACUUCUAGCAUCCUUGUCAUCAUCAUCAUCAUCGACUACAACAACCUUAUUUGAAAACCAGGAAUUGCUUUUGAAGGAUACUCUAGACCAACGCCUUCCUCCUCCCACAGGUCAAUUGGCAGAGGCAGUGGUGUUUGUUGUCACCAUAGCCUUAGCAUGUACGCGUAGCACUCCAAAAUCACGACCAAAUAUGCGUUUUGUUGCACAAGAACUAUCAGCUCGAACCCACGCUUUUCAGUCUGAGCCAUUUGGCAUGAUUACUAUUAGCAAGCUAGCAGGCUUUCAAAAAUAAAACACUCUUUGGCUAGUGAGUGUGUUUUCUGGAUAUGGCCUAGGAGGGGUUGUGGCUAUGCUUACUAGAUCCUAGUUCAUAAUCUUAGGAAGUUAGGAUCAAAGUUUUCUUGAAAUGGCUUGUGUAAAAUUUUUUUUCUUAGUCUAUGCAAGUGCUGAGUGAAUAAGAUGUUCAAUCUCUAGGCUCAAAAUAAGAUUUCUUAUGGACUGGGAAAGAAUAUAUAUAAAAUUUUUAUUAUUUUCUAUGAUUGAAUAGUAAGAUCUAGAGCAUUCAAGGCUGUAACCUGUAACCUGUAAACAACUUUAUGGCUGUAGAACAUCUCAAUCGUUGUGUCAAGGUAUGUGGACAGUAUCUUAAACUCUUUAGACAUUUAAUGUCUUUUGGCAAGAAUGCAGAGUCUAAUUCAAUAUAGCAAUUCACUAAGCCUAAAAUAAGUUCUUCUCCUCCUCCUAUUUGGAUAUAUACACCUCUAGUCUAUAUAGAAAAGCUAUUCACAUUCUUUGUGUUCUUUACUCUUACUCUUUACAUAAACAUAGUAUUGGAAGUAAUGAUAGGAAGGCACCCAGGGGAACUCCUAGUGUCCCUAUCACCAUCGUUGAUGUCAACUACAACAACCUUAUUGGACAACCAAGAAUUGAUUUUGAAGGAUGUUAUAGAUCAACAGGUCAAUUGGCAGAGGCAGUGGUGAUUGCAGUCACCAUAACCUUCGCAUGCCUGUGUACCACUCCAGAGUGGCGACCAACCAUGCAUUUUGUUGCACAAGAACUAUCAGAUCGAACCCGCGCUUUUCUAUCUGAGCCGUUUGACAUGAUUUCCAUUAGCAAGCUUAUAGACUGGGAUGCACAGACGCGGCAUCCAACCCAGCGCACCCGCGUCCGACGCAGCGGGAUGCGACGACGCGGGAGAGACGCCGCAGACCGCGCGUCCGUGCUGCGUUGUGCCGCGUCCCGCCACGUGGCAGCUCCCGAAUCGGGCUGAUGCGGCUGAAAUCGGGGCCGACGCGGCCCAAAUCGGGCAGACUCGGUCCGUAUCGGCCGUAUCGGCCAUAUUGGUCAAUAUCGGCCGGCGGCCGAUACGGCCGAAACAGGCCGGAAUCGGCCGAAACAAGUCGAAAUCGACCGUGAAAAUCGCCGGAGA